CGCUGGCUGAUGCCGAGCUUCAGAAUUGCUCGUUUUCGCACCUUUGCGAGGGGUUUCGAUUCCUAGAGCUCGUCUGCGAAUGGGGAAGGGGACGGAGGCGGCGUGGGUGCCACUGCGGUUGCGGUGCGCGGUCCAGAACUACGAUUGGGGUCGCUUCGGCGAAGAAUCCGCGGUCGCGCGGCUGUUCGAGCGCAACUCCGGGGCGGAAGUCGAGUUGGAACGGCCUUAUGCGGAAUUCUGGAUCGGCACGCACGAGUCGGGGCCGUCCUUCGUGGAAGCGGGCGGAUUGGGGACGGAGUCGGUGACGCUGAAGGAGUGGAUUGGGAUGAACCCUGGGGUUCUGGGAGAGAAGGUGGAGGCGAAGUGGGGGAGGGAUCUUCCUUUCUUGUUCAAGGUCCUAUCGGUGGCGAAAGCGUUGUCGAUUCAGGCUCAUCCCGAUAAGGAGUUAGCGAGGAUGCUGCAUAAGAUGCGGCCGAACGUGUACAAGGAUCCUAACCACAAACCAGAAAUGGCGAUUGCUCUGACCGAGUUCAAAGCGUUGUGUGGUUUUAUCGGCGUUGAGGAACUCAAGAAUGUUCUUACUUGUGUACCUGAAAUCACAGAAUUGGUUGGCAAUGAAGAGGCGAGCAAAAUAAUUAGUGCUAAAAGCCUAGAUGGAGAUUUGAACACAAAGGUUCUUUUAAAGUCUAUCUUCACUAAGCUUAUGUCCACUAGUAAGGAGGCAGUUGCAGAUCUGGUCUCUAAAUUGAAAGGUCGUCUAGAUGUUGAAAAUAAGAUUAGGACGCUAACUGAGAAAGAACAGCUAGUAUUACUGCUAGAAAAGCAGUAUCAGGCUGAUGUUGGAGUCAUAGCAGCAUUCUUCUUCAACUACUUGAGGCUCAACCCUGGUGAAGCACUGUAUAUUGGGCCAAAUGAACCUCAUGCUUAUCUAUCAGGAGAAUGCAUCGAGUGUAUGGCUGCAUCAGACAAUGUUGUGCGCGCUGGACUGACACCCAAGUACAUAGAUGUGCAAACUCUCUGUUCAAUGCUAACAUACAGACAGGGCUUUCCUGAAAUUAUUCAUGGGGUUCCAUUAAACCCUCAUGUAAAGCGGUACACAGCUCCUUUUGAUGAGUUCGAAGUUGAUCAUUGUUUGCUACAGCCCGAGGAGUCUGUUUUUUUUCCUGCCAUACCAGGGCCAUCUAUUUUCCUCGUUGUGGCUGGGGAAGGCAAAAUGCAUAUGGCUUCUGAAGUUGAGGAACAAAAGAUAGCAAAGGGAGAUGUGUAUUUCGUGCCGGCUCAAAAUGAGAUUAGGCUGAGUGCUGCUGCCGACGAACAAAUUAGCAUAUAUCGAGCUGGAGUAAACAGCAGCAUAUUUGAUUAAUUUGUGCGUCAAAGUUUCAUAUUGAUAUAGCUUACAGGGGUAUCAACAGUGGGAAGAAAUAUUUAUGUUACAUAUAUAGAAGAAUUACAGUAGUAUUGUAUGUGGCAUUAUUUCAUGUUUGGAUGCAUACUUAUCAAAUCUGACAAUCCAAGCAUGUACUUCAGUCUUUGGAGAAGGAAAAAAGAAUAUAUAUUGGUUGAUAAA